AUUUCCCCAUAGUACCUUUCAAACACGAAUCCCACCUCUCUUCCGAUCCAUCUUCAAAAUUUGGAAGAAUCGUGGGUCCCAAAACAACUCCAUCAUCGCCUUAAGUAAUAGCUCCAGCCACAGAAAGAUCGAGCUUCACCGAUCGAUUCUAAAUAUUUAUAUGUAAACAGAGCAAAAAUAAAAAUCGGAUAAUAAUCUCAUCAGAUCUUUUCUUUGAUCAAUUCCCUUUUAGUUUUCAUUAUUUAUCAAGGAAUCAAAGACAAUAAAAAAAUAACUACAAGUAAGGAUGAAUUCGAGUUCUGGAAAAUCUAAUAACAAGUCUCGAUCAAUGAAUGCUUUUGAUUUCGAUCUUGGGAUCGGGACAGGACGCCCCAAAUCCUUGAAUGAUCAGAAAAACCGGACUUCCUCGUACACGCAUUCAAGUGCGUAUUCGAAGCCCAGUGCUGCACCGGCUUGGACCCAUAAACCUGUGAAUCCUGUCCAGUCUGGUGGAUCUGGAUCUUUAUCCGGUCCGACGUCCAUGGUGGGCGAUAUUCUCGGGAAGAGCUGGAAUUCUUCGGCUCCGAUGAAAUCUGGUGGCUCGAGUAUUGGGAUUGUGAAUGGUAAGAACCCGAAUUUGUUUGGGGAUUUGGUGAGCUCGGCAAUAGGCGGCAGCAAGAGCAGUAGCAAUGUGCCUCUGAAAGACGCAGCUCCAACCGCAAAUAGGAGCACGUUAUCGACGGGAGGAAUGGCUGAUUCAUUGCCCAAAAUAGGCAGUUCUGUGAAAAAUGGUGGGAGUUCGGGGACUAAUGUUAGUAAUAGUGGUGGAACUGUGGAUUGGGAUGGAAGCUAUGUAAGGAGUUCGAGUCUUGGUGGUGGAAUGGCCGAUUCAUUGCCCAAAAUGGGCAGUUCUGUGAAAAAUGGUGGAAGUUUGGGGACUAAUAUUAAUAAUGCCGGUAGAACGAUGGAUUGGGAUGGAAGUUAUCUAAGGAGUUCGAGUGUUGGUGGUGGGAAUCCUACUAAGAGUCCAAAUCUAGGUGGUCCGUCUAUGAAGAGUAUGGCAGGAAGUGGUGGCAUGAGUUCAAAUAAGGACCCUUUUGGAUCUUUGUUUGAUUUCAGCUCCAAGCCAAGUGGUGGUAUGAACUCACAGAAUAAAGGGACCAAGAAGGGUGGUGGUGAGGACGAGUUUGGGGAUUUUAAAAAUGCGGCUCCAAAUACGAGUGGAUCGUCAUUUCCAUCAAAUGCUUUUCCCACAACUAAUAGCGAUCCGACGGGUGAUUUUGGGUUUUCAAAUUCCCAUUCACAGAAUCAAAGUCAACCAUCGGGGCAAUCUGUGGGGGUAAAUGACUUUGACGCAUUGUUUUCUUCUUCCGGUGGCAGUGCAAGCCAGAGUCAAGGAUUUGAAAGCCAGCAGUUUUCAGGGGGUGAUGAUUGGGGUUUGGAUUCAGAAUUUGGAGGGCAUGAUACCGGUGGGACCACUGAGAUUGAAGGGCUUCCACCCCCACCUGCCGGAGUUACUGGUUCGUCUGCAAAGACGAAGGGUAUGGAUAACUACAAGCAGGGGCAGUUUGCUGAUGCUAUCAAAUGGUUGUCUUGGGCUGUCAUUCUUCUUGAAAAGGCUGGCGACGAUGAUGGGACUAUGGAGGUUUUAACGUGCAGAGCUUCUUGUUACAAGGAAGUUGGAGAGUACAAAAAGGCUGUGGCUGACUGCACAAAGGUGCUGGAACACGAUGACUCAAAUGUAUCUGUCCUCGUACAACGUGCUCUUCUUUAUGAGAGCAUGGAAAAAUACAAGCUUGGGGCAGAAGACCUCAGGAGAGUUAUGAAACUGGAACCUGGUAAUAGAGUUGCUAGAAGUACCAUUCAUCGUUUGACUAAGAUGGCUGGCUAUUAGAGAAGCUCCAAUUGAUAUUCUCUCUUUACCUCCCUUACCUAUAUGCGCGAUAUCAUCAUUGUCCCUCUUGAUACCAUAAGAUGGAAAUCAUUUUUCAGUAUUUCUUGGAAAUAUUAGUACCGAGUCGAUUGUUGGUUGCUAGUGAUUACGUACUGUUAUACAUCCUGAUUUAUACUUGCGUGUGAAGGGGAGAGUUGUCCAUUUUGUUUCUAGGAUUGCUUUGUAAUGACCAUUUGAUAGCUCAAUUUUUUUCCCGAGUGAUGUUUCUUGAAUGUACGGUAGAUUUUAUUUGAAGAGUUUGGUUGUGUAAAAGUUAUUUUUGUAAAAAAUUGAGUAAAAACUUACUUUCUAGAUAUAAAGUAUAAAUUCGAGUUAA